AUGGUGCGUGUGUUCACGCUGAUGACAGUGACAGUGGUGGUGCUUGGCUGCUGCGGGUGCGUGGGCACCAGCACAUCAAGCCACGCCACCGCUGCGCCUGCGUUUGGCCACGGCAUGCUGGAACACUUUCAACUGCAAGAAGGCUUUCUGAACUUGAACCAUGGUAGCUUCGGUGCGACGCCCAAGUCCGUGCGUGCCUACCAGGAACAGCUGACCACCCAAAUGGAAGCACGCCCCGACGAUUGGUUCAGAGGCGGAUACCAGCGGUUGCUGGAUGCAACACGCGCACAGCUGGCGGCGUACGUCAGUGCAAACGCAGACGACGUCGUGUUCGUGGAGAACGCCAGCUCGGGCGUCAAUGCCGUACUGCGCUCCUUCCCGCUCACCGCUAAUGAUACCGUCGCCUUCCUCUCCUGCGCCUACCCGAUGGUCACCAACACGGCCGAGGUGCUUGGCAGAGCCGGACGCGCACGCGUGCGCAAGAUCCCAGUGCAGUUCCCCGUCAAGUCCGCAGAGGAGGUGGUGCAGCUGCUGGACAACGCCCUGCGCCAGCAGCCCAACAGCAUUCCCACCAUCCUCUCCAUCUCCCACAUUGUCAGCACGCCUGCGGUCAUCCUGCCCAUCGUGGAGAUGACCAAGGUGGCCAAGGCGCACGGCGUCAAGCACGUGCUUAUCGACGGGGCACACGCCCUCGGCAACAUCCCCAUCAACAUCACGCAGCUUGCCGCCGUCGGCGUGGACUUCUACGUUAGCAACGGCCACAAGUGGCUGUACACGCCCAAGGGAUCUGCCUUCCUGUGGACGCGGCCCAGCCUGCAACGCAACACCAUCCCCACCGUCGUCUCCUCAGACUUUGGCUUCCACGAUUACAUGCGUGACUUCCUCUACACGGGCACGCGCGACUACACGCCCUUUGCCAGCGUGACGGCCGGCUUUGCGUUUCGCAAGAACAUUGGCGGCGACGCUGCCGUGCGUGAGUACAUGACCAACCUCGCGCGCUGGGCGACAGACUACCUUGUCGGCCGCUGGGGCACGGAAGCUGCGGCGCCGCACAGCAUGGUCAGUGCCAUGGCCACCGUCCGCUUGCCCACCACAGAUGCCGCCCUCGCACAGGGCCUGACGCCUUGGCUCAUCGAGAACCACGACGUGCAGAUUGUCGUGUUCCGCAUGACACGCAACCCAGACUGCACGUGCGGCACUGCCACCGCUGGCACCGCUGGCGCUGGUCGUGGUAGUCGUGGUGAUGUUCGUGGUGGUGCUGGUAGUGAUGGCGAUGCGGCAGUGAUAGCGUGUGACCGCUGGAUCAACCCAGAUCACCUCGGUUCCACGGUGUCGUUCCUGACGGGCUAUGGUGGCGGUAGCAGCAGCAGUGCGCAGGAGGACGGCAACGCCGGCAACCAAGACGGGUGUUCGGCUGACCCUGACCAGGACACGUGGUGGGUGCGCCUGUCUGCACAGGUGUACAUUGAGCAGGCCGACUUUGUGCGCUUGGCGGAUCUUGUUGACGCUUACCUUGCGCAGCAGCUGUGA